AAGUUAAACGAUCACCUUGGAUAUCCAUUAAGAACAGCGUGUUGCUUGUCUACUUUGGCAGGCUGCCGGCGCGAGCAGCGCUAAGCUCGGCGUAAAGUCCCGCCUGCUCCUUUAAAUGGGGCCGAGUGCACUGUUGUGUGCGUGUCCGACAGAAACCCUACUUCCUACGCUCACUUUUCACUUUUGUGUUUGCCUCGGCUGAGAAGGAGGGGUGGCGGCGGCUAUUUCUGUUUUGUCACCUUCAGAUCGGGUUUCCCUCAGCUGAGCACGUAAUGUGAUUGCGCGGUGCUGCGGAGGAGCUCGCAGCCGCCCAGUGCUGUCGACUCACGGAGCGGGAGAAAUAAGAGCCGGAGCAGAGAGGCUCCGCGCGCGUAGAGCCAACUGAAAGCGAAGCCGUGGACUCGAAAGACGUGGCGGCGUUGAAGUAGCUGAAGCCGGUCGCCUCCAGUGCUGCUAAGGCUAUGGAUCUCGAAGAAAACGUUUGAACACGAGGGGAAUUCCGAAAAUUGCGCUUCUUAUUUUGGUGAAGACGGUUCACGGACACACUGUAUGGCUUUCAUAAUGAUGAAGAAAAAGAAAUUUAAGUUUAAAGUCGAUUUUGAACUGGAAGAACUGUCGUCUGUACCCUUUGUCAACGGAGUUCUAUUCUGCAAAGUCCGGCUACUGGAUGGUGGCUUUGCGUGCGAAUCUUCCAGGGAGGUUGUCCUUGCGAACUGUGUGCACUGGAAAAAGAAGUUCUCAUUUUUGUGCAAAAUGAGUGCUAGUGCCAGCACUGGUGUCCUUGACCCAUGCGUCUGCCGGGUAUCUGUAAGAAAGGAAUUAAAGGGAGGAAAAGCCUAUGCAAAACUGGGCUUUGCUGACCUCAAUCUAUCUGAAUGUGCUGGGUCUGGAAGUACAACACGAAGAUGUUUAUUAGAAGGCUAUGAUACCAAAAAUACUAGACAAGAUAAUUCCAUUCUGAAGGUGGUGAUCAGUAUGCAGCUGAUGUCAGGAGAUCCCUGCUUCAAGACUCCUCCAUCUACAGCAACGUACAUAGGAAUAUCAUCGGAAGCAGAAUGCUUACUUGAGGAUCGAAAAGGAAGAGAUACUCUUAAACCUUUGAGUAGCAUUGCAGACCCUCCUGGGAAGUGUUCUUCUGUUCCAGAUGAACUUGGAAGGUGUGGACACUCCAGAACCUCAAGCUAUGCUAGUCAGCAGUCAAAAGUGUCAGGAUAUAGUACCGGGCACUCAAGAUCGUCUAGCUUGUCCGAACUUUCACACAGAAGGAAUACAUCAGUAGGAAGCACAUCAACAGGGGUUGUCAGUCUUCCAGAACCCAAUGAGGAUAAUGAGCACAGGAUGGGGCACUGUGUUGGAGCAGCAUCCUCCUUGGCAGAACAUCUAUCUCCAAUGAAGAGUGCCUGCUCAUCAGAGAGGCUUAGUCGGCAUCCAGUGAAGCAGGACUCUGUGGAAUCUCAGCUAAAACGGGUCGAUGCCACAAGGGUUGAUGCAGAUGACAUUGUGGAAAAGAUUUUGCAGAGUCAGGAUUUUACUGGCAGCCUCCUAGACUCCAGUGCAGAAGAAGAAGGGUUGCGUUUAUUUGUGGGCCCAGGUGGUAGCACGGCUCUUGGAACGCAUCAUCUUCCUACUAGAGUGGGAGCUGGUGCUUAUGAACAAGUUGUGAUCAAACGCUAGAAGAGGAUGAACAGAAUAUCUGAAAAAGCACAGUAUGGAUGCAAUAUUGGUGGAAAUGGCAUUCUUGGAUAGUAUCUCCUUUCAUUCCAAAAGAAAAGUAAAAUUCUGUAGUCUGAAUCGAAUGCCAGUAAGUGAGUGGUCACCUGAAAACGCCCUGCCCUGCCUGGUAGAAGGGAUUUUCAGAAUAUGCUUUAAAAAAGCUAGCAAGUGUGCACUUAAUUAAUAACAGGAGGAAGAGCUGAUGCAAAGCUACUUACCGCAUAUAAGUAUUGUUGGUUUCUCUUUUAAAACUGUUCUUGAAAAUCUGUCCGAGACUGCAUAGGACUCGUCAUUUUAUACGUGGGGGUGACUUUCAAAAGCAGUGG